AUGGCUGACUCGGACGCCCCCGUCACGCUGCGAACGCGCAAGUUCAUCCGCAACCCCCUCCUCGGUCGCAAGCAGAUGGUCGUCGACAUCCUGCACCCCAGCCGACCGAACAUCUCCAAGGACCAGCUUCGCGAAAAGCUGUCAUCGAUGUACAAGGCCGGCAAGGACCAAGUUUCCGUCUUCGGUCUCCGCACGCAGUAUGGUGGUGGCAAGACGACUGGCUUCGCCUUGGUCUACGACUCCCCCGAGGCUUUGAAGAAGUUCGAGCCCCAGUACAGACUCUGCCGCUUCGGGUACGCCACCAGACCCGAGAAGGCCUCGAGACAGCAACGCAAGCAGCGCAAGAACCGACAGAAGACCCUGCGAGGUACUGCGAAGGUCAAGGGUGCCAAGGCGAAGAAGGAGAAAUGA